GCCUUAUCCAUCCGCGGAGUGGAGGCUGGAGAAUUGGAACGGACAUCAAUUAUACAGAACCUUUUAUUUACCAAAUAACGAGCGUGGCAACGAGAGCAGGGCUACAAUACCACAUCGCUGGUUGGCUGUUAAUACUGUCUACUUUCUUCCGGUCAACCGGAGAUGUAUUCCAGUCUUUGAAUGAUAUUGCUAGCCAGCUAGCUAGCUGUUAAGCUAGCUCUACGGUGCUUGACUCGAAGUAACUUAACGUUAUUUUCCUCGGGACACUAUUUCCACCAGUACAUCUGACUGACUUCACCUGAGAGACAUCCAAAUAGUCGGUGGUUUUAAAUCGAGGUCAUUUUUUACGCUAGGUGUUCCGCGCGUCGCCUCUGAUAUUAGCUAACGUUAGAUAAGGAUUGAAUGAAAUAACGUUAGCUUGUCUUAGCCAGCGGAAACGAGCCAGUUAACAGGGAUCACGUUAACUUAUCCUGCUGCUGGUUGAUCCACCCCGCCAUCCAGCUAAUCUAGUAAGUGCUAUCUAAGCUAGCGAGCCGCAAACACACAGUGAGUCUGGUAGGGUAGCAGUCCUUUAUAAAAGCUGUACCGUUAGCGAGCGACUCGGAGCCUACGAAGUAGUUGGCUAGCGUUACUACUAAACGUCAAGUUGGCCAUCUUCCACUCCACUCCAGUCCAGUGUAAGAGCGGACCGACGUCAGUCCAUUUUCACGGGUAACGUUAAGGCCGGACUGAGGACCGAAGCCUGCGAAGAUGCCGGCUGUGUCGAAAGGCGAUGGAAUGCGCGGAUUAGCCGUUUUCAUUUCGGACAUAAGAAACUGUAAGAGCAAGGAAGCGGAGAUCAAACGGAUCAACAAAGAGUUGGCCAACAUUCGCUCCAAGUUUAAAGGGGACAAGGCUCUCGAUGGCUACAGCAAGAAGAAAUAUGUCUGCAAGCUGCUCUUCAUCUUCCUGCUCGGACAUGAUAUUGACUUUGGACACAUGGAGGCAGUCAACCUGCUGAGCUCCAACAAGUACACAGAGAAACAGAUCGGCUACCUGUUCAUCUCAGUGCUGGUAAACAGCAACAGUGAGCUGAUACGUCUGAUCAACAACGCCAUCAAGAAUGACCUGUCCAGCCGCAACCCCACCUUCAUGUGUCUGGCGCUUCACUGCAUCGCGAACGUGGGAAGCCGUGAGAUGGCCGAGGCCUUCGCCAGUGAGAUCCCUCGCAUCCUGGUUGCUGGUGAUACUAUGGACAGCGUGAAACAGUCAGCUGCCCUGUGUCUGCUGCGGCUCUAUAAGACUUCUCCUGACUUGGUGCUGAUGGGUGAGUGGACGUCACGCGUGGUGCACCUACUCAAUGACCAACACAUGGGUGUGGUGACGGCAGCGAUCUCUCUGAUCACCUGUCUGAGCCAGAAGAAUCCAGAUGAGUUUAAGACCUGUGUUUCCCUGGCCGUUUCCCGACUAAGCAGGAUUGUGUCGUCGGCCUCCACUGAUUUACAGGAUUACACCUACUACUUUGUCCCAGCACCGUGGCUCUCUUGCAAGCUGCUGCGCCUGCUGCAGUGCUACCCUCCACCAGAAGAUGGUGCUGUCAAGGGCCGUCUGGUAGAGUGUCUGGAGACCAUCCUCAAUAAGGCCCAGGAGCCACCCAAGUCCAAGAAGGUGCAGCAUUCCAAUGCCAAAAAUGCUAUCUUGUUUGAGGCUAUCUCACUGAUAAUCCACUAUGACAGUGAGCCAAACCUGCUGGUGCGAGCCUGUAAUCAGCUGGGUCAGUUCCUGCAGCACAGAGAGACUAACCUGCGCUACCUAGCUCUGGAGAGCAUGUGUACUCUGGCCAGCUCUGAGUUUUCCCACGAAGCUGUCAAGACACACAUCGAGACUGUCAUCAACGCCCUCAAGACUGAGAGGGAUGUGAGUGUCCGGCAGAGGGCAGCUGAUCUGCUGUACGCCAUGUGUGAUCGCAGCAAUGCCAAGCAGAUCGUCGCCGAGAUGCUCAGCUACCUUGAGACAGCAGACUACUCCAUCAGAGAGGAGAUGGUGCUGAAAGUGGCCAUACUUGCAGAGAAGUAUGCUGUGGAUUACUCCUGGUAUGUGGAUACCAUUCUUAACCUCAUCCGCAUUGCUGGAGACUACGUCAGCGAAGAGGUGUGGUAUCGCGUCAUUCAGAUAGUCAUCAACCGGGACGAUGUGCAGGGCUACGCCGCCAAGACGGUCUUUGAGGCCCUGCAGGCCCCUGCCUGCCAUGAGAACAUGGUAAAGGUUGGAGGCUACAUUCUGGGAGAGUUUGGUAACCUCAUUGCUGGUGACCCACGCUCCAGCCCCCUGGUCCAGUUCAAUCUUCUCCACUCCAAGUUCCAUCUGUGUUCUGUGCCGACUCGCGCCCUGCUGCUGUCAGCCUACAUCAAGUUCAUUAACCUGUUCCCAGAGACCAAGGCCACCAUCCAAGAGGUGCUGCGCUGCGACAGCCAGAUCCGCAACUCUGAUGUGGAGCUCCAGCAGCGUGCUGUCGAGUAUCUGAAGCUUUCUUCCAUCGCUAGCACUGAUGUUCUGGCCACUGUCCUGGAGGAGAUGCCUCCCUUCCCAGAGAGGGAGUCGUCAAUCUUGGCCAAGCUGAAGAAGAAGAAAGGGCCCGGUGCUGUGUCUGUGCCGGAGCUGGAAGACAGCAAAAGAGAGGGUGGGGAGUUGAAUGGAGGCGGCGACCGGGGGCCAGACACAUCAGCCAUGUCUGCCUCCAACGCUUCCACCCCGUCACCAUCCGCAGACCUCCUAGGGAUUCGUUCAGCAGCUCCCGUUGGUGCUGCUCCAACCAGCGCUGGCAGCCUAUUGGUGGAUGUGUUCUCUGAGGCAGGGCCAGCCGCACCCUCUGCUGCUGUGAACGACGACGGCUUCCUAAGCUCUGCUCCUCCCUCUGAGGAUCCUGCUCCUCUUCUGUCUGAGGCAGACGAACUUCUUAACAAGUUUGUGUGCAAGAAUAACGGGGUUCUGUUUGAGAAUCAGCUGCUACAGAUUGGCAUCAAGUCAGAGUAUCGUCAGAAUCUAGGGAGAAUGUACUUAUUCUACGGGAACAAGACGUCGGUGCAGUUUGCCAGCUUCACCACCACAGUCAACUGUCCUGGGGAGCUGCAGUCUCAGCUCAAUGUUCAGACCAAGCCAGUGGAACCACUGGUAGAGGGUGGAGCCCAGAUCCAACAGGUCCUCAACAUAGAGUGUCUGACUGACUUCUCUGAAGCCCCGCUUCUCAACAUCAAGUUCAGAUACGGUGGAGCUCUGCAGAACCUGAGCCUCAAGCUGCCCGUCACCAUCAACAAGUUCUUUCAGCCAACUGAGAUGACCUCACAUGACUUCUUCCAGCGCUGGAAACAGCUAAGCCAGCCUCAACAAGAAGCACAAAAGAUAUUCAAGGCUAACCACAGCAUGGACACUGAAGUUCUUAAGGCUAAGCUACUGGGACUAGGAACGGCCCUGCUGGACGACGUGGAUCCAAACCCAGAGAACUACGUGUGUGCUGGAGUGAUCCAGACCAAGGGCCAGCAGGUUGGCUGUCUGCUGAGACUGGAGCCUAACGGCCAGGCACAGAUGUACCGUCUGACUCUGCGCUGCAGCAAGGACUCUGUGUCCAGGCGUCUCUGCGAGCUGCUGGCCCAACAGUUCUAGAGUCCCGACUUCCACCGUAACCAGUACUCCCACCAUCCCCACCAGCGACCUCUCCCUGGAGCCCUCGUGUCCCACCUCCUCCUCCCUCCAACAAAGAAUCUUUGAUUAAAAAAAGGUGUAACCUACAUAAGGGAAUAAGCAGCCACUGCUAGCAGCAGCGGCAAUAUUAUUGUCAUUAUUCUUGUCCCAGAUUCUGAUUCCAGUUCAUCUUCUACUUGUUUAUUAACAUGAUGCUACAUUCUUGUUUUUGUUGUGUUUACCUGUGUAGCUGGAGCCUGCGUGGCUGCGUGCGUGCGUGUGCGUGUGUGUGUGUGUGUCCCGUGGUUGUGCUGAGGGUCCCAUUCUGCUCCAUCCUGACUGUAGUACUGAUGCUGUGUGUGUCUGUGUGUUGGUGUGAAGAGAGAGAGAAACCAUUUGAAUAGGUUAAGCCUUCCUUGAAUACAAAUGGGUAAAGCUGUUUAUUGCACACAUACACUGAUACAGACAUACGUACACACACAGACACAAACACACAAACAUGAGGCAUCCAUGAUUCCUUGUGGCUCUGGUGGGAUCCACUAAUGAAGUGAGAGCUGGCGGUCCAGCACUCUGAUCUGCACGGCUUCUGCCCACUCCUUUCCGUCAAGCAUUCCCUGUGAAAAUGCACUUAAGGUGUUGAGACCCUCUUUGAGACCCUCCAGCGUGAUUCCCAUUACCUUUCCCCUGAAUGACCUGAUCCCUCCCCCGGCAGCCUUUUAACGGGCAGCCUUUCAUUUCAAAGAACUAGUACGCUCGUUUAUGUUAUUGAUGUGUCUGUAAAUACAUGCCAGUGUAUUACUUUAUCGCUUUCUGAGACAUUCCCAUAACCAAGCCACUCGAGUAGAAGGAUGGCCCGGAAUGGACACUAUGUAGUAGUACAGGGAAGAGACUUUUAUACCCAUUUGAGUCUGUCUCUUGGACCUGGGAGAUGGUUCCAGGUGCGUGCCGUUGAAAAAGCUUAGGGAAGCGUCUGUGACUCUGUACACUCAGCGAUCCUAUACGCACCGCAACCACCUGAAGGAUUAAAGUUCUGCAGCCAGGCAAUGAAGCGCCAAAAAAGAGCUUCAUUGCAUAUAUAUCCUGCUUCUCCAGCCAAGCAUUUAUUCAAAAGACCAAUGCAAACAAAUCUGAUGUGUACACAACCACUACAGCAAAUGUUAAGAGAACACAGUUAUGUUCAGCAAUCUUAAAAUGUUUAGAGUCAUGCAUCCACGGCUUUUUAAUUCUUCCCGGGCUUCCUCUCGUGCACAAGCACUGAUGUUGUGAGAGAGGACAGGAUGUAAGACACCCAGCUGUCCAUUACAACUACAGGGGACACAGUGUGUGAGUGCGUGUGUGUGUGUGUGUGUGUGUGUAUACGAGUGAAUGUGAAUGUGGCUGUAAGCAGGUAAGAAAAAAAGCCUAGAGACAUUUCUAAUACGUGGUCACAUUACAUUCUGUGGCUGCACGGCAAUCACAGGACAUUGAACUUUGUAGUGGAAAACGUAGUCAUUUUGUCAUUCUGUGAGUGUGUGUGUUUUGUGUGUGUGUGUGUGUGUGUAUGCAGUAUCAACUAGCUAAUGCAGCCUCAUGUAUCGGUGUUAAGAACCUGUCCAAUACCUGUGUUAGAAUUAAGAUUUACUCUGUAAUGAAAAAAUGUGAAAGUAAAACUAUGCCAUAUAUCCUACA